CCCUGGCACCGGCGGGGCCUCCCGCGCUCACGGGACGCGUGAACUCCGCGCCGCGCGCUCAAGCUGGGCGACGCCGAGCGGAGCCUCCCGGGAGAAGCCCGGCGCGGAGGAAGAAUUGUUGAAUGGCUGAUGUGUGACAACAUGCACCACCAGUGGCUCCUGUUGGCCGCAUGCUUCUGGGUGAUUUUCAUGUUCAUGGUGGCGAGCAAGUUCAUCACGCUGACCUUUAAAGACCCGGAUGGAUACAGUGCCAAACAGGAGCUGCUGUUCCUGACAACUCUGCCGGAAGUGGGGAGGCUGGCAGAAGAGAAGCACUCUCCUGGAGAACAGAAGCCGACAGGGAAGAUGUUUGUGGAUAGCCGGCCUGUCCAGCCCCUGGUCUACCUGGAGCGCCUGGAGCUCAUCCGGAAUGUCUGCAGGGACGAGGCCCUGAGGAACCUCUCGCACACAGCCAUCUCCAAGUUUGUCCUGGACCGAAUAUUUGUCUGUGACAAGCACAAGAUUCUUUUCUGCCAGACUCCCAAAGUAGGCAACACACAGUGGAAGAAGGUGCUGAUUGUCCUCAAUGGAGCCUUUCCAUCCAUUGAAGAGAUCCCAGAGAAUGUGGUGCAUGACCACGAGAAGAACGGCCUCCCACGCCUCUCCUCCUUCAGCAAGGCCGAGAUCCAGAAGCGAUUGAAAACAUACUUUAAGUUUUUCAUCGUAAGAGAUCCCUUCGAACGACUCAUUUCUGCCUUUAAGGACAAGUUUGUGCACAAUCCCCGAUUUGAACCGUGGUACAAGCAUGAGAUUGCCCCGGGCAUCAUCCGGAAGUACAGGAGGAACCGGACGGAGACCCGGGGGAUCCAGUUUGAAGAUUUCGUGCGCUACCUGGGCGACCCGAACCACAGGUGGCUUGACCUUCAGUUUGGGGACCACAUCAUCCACUGGGUGACAUAUGUGGAACUUUGUGCACCCUGUGAGAUCAAGUACAGUGUGAUUGGACACCAUGAGACGCUGGAAGAGGAUGCCCCAUACAUCCUGCGAGAAGCUGGCAUCGACCACCUGGUGUCCUACCCAGCCAUCCCUCUGGGCAUUACCGUGUAUAACAGAACCAAGGUCCAGAACUACUUCCUGGGCAUCAGUAAACGGGAUAUCCGGCGGCUGUAUGCACGCUUCGAGGGGGACUUCAAACUCUUUGGGUAUCAAAAGCCAGAUUUUUUGCUAAACUAAUGUGUAGGAUCUGUGAAUGCAGAGUCUUUAUUAGUGCAGGGGAUAACCAGUAGAGAUCUGAGCACAGGAAUGACUUCUCGGUCACAUCCCUGCUUAAGAGACUCCCUGGGUGUCUGGUCCUAGGAGCAAGUGAAGCUGUACCCUGGCAGCUCUGCCUGGCUUAGGUGUAAGAUGCUGAGGGCUCCACCCACCCAACCUGUAUCAACAGAACACCAGUGGCCCUUGCCAUUUCCCAGAAGAGAUGUGACAUAGCAUUAGGAGUUGUCUAAGUGGGAGUCAUACCUGUGGCUAUCCUGGCUAGACCCAGUGGUCGCAUCAGUCACUGGUGAAUGGCAGGAACAAAGAGCACCAAACAAAGGAGAGAUGGAGAAACUGAGACACAGCAAAAACUCCCAAGGCUCAUGCAGGAUCAAAUCUGAGUCAUAGAAUGACACCUCUGGCUCCCUUUUGGCACUGCUGUAAUCAUGAAGGCAAACUGGACUUCUGUGGCCAUCGGUUCCAGUGACAGUGGUGACCACAGAGUGGUCCCAGUGGUCCAUUUGUUCAGAACCACGCCGUGUGACACUUGUCCUCAUUUCUGAAGCUUUGUGUGGCAAGCACCUCUUUCAUCUAGCAUAGUUUUGGUACAUGAGGAGGGAGUAGAUUCUUUCCACCUGAGCAGAGGACACUUGGGGUCCAAAAAGGAACAUGGCGAGGGAGGCUGCUGUGGAUGGGCCCGUGUCCUGCCUCCAUGCCUCUUGUCUUAAGUGACUGUCGAAGUGGGCAGCAGAGUUCCCCACAUCUCCCCCCACCAUUUACUCUCCUCAGAGGAGAGAACUGAACAUCUGCUGCCUGACAGAGCAACUGGAGGAAACCAAACAUUGGGGCAGCAUGGCAGCCUCAUGGGAUUCAUUUGGGCUUACCCAUCUUAGUGUCUUCUCCUCUCCACAAGGUGACUGCCCCUAGGCCCUUUUAUGAUCAUGCCACUAUCCUGGAUGAAGUGGCCAGGAGUUGGGUAACCAAGUUCACCAGCAAUAAACCCUCCCCUGAGGUGCCUCUGGGCACAGAAGCAGCCCUGCUGAGGAGUGAGCCACUGUGGCUGUUUCAGACCUGGCUGACAGAGGUGACAAGACAGCAUCCCCAAGAGUUGGUGGUGCUCACAUCUGUACUAUGCCCGUGAGCCCAGGCCUGGGAGGAUGGAGCCAGGCCUUUCUUAGAGGCUGCCUCCCCCUUCUCAAGAUAGUUUCCUGAAUUUAUAAAUGUGGAAGUGAAAUAAAAUGUAAAAUAUGUGCCAAACCAGAUUCUUGCUGCAGCUCCAGGGAAAGGUGCUCUGGGCCAUAUGUGAGCCCCCAGGUCUGGCAGCAGAGACAAGACUGUGGACAGGAAGCAGACACGGCCCUUCAGGCCCUUUGUCCUCAACUGUCGUGCCAACAAUGUGAUGUUAUUUUUCUAUAAAGUUUUGGUGAAGUCUUGUUAGAACCAUUUUGGACCUGAUGAGCUGAUUGAUUACCUCUUUCCUGUGUGAAAAGUCACAGUGUGAGAAAUGUAUGUGAAUUUAAGGCCUUAAAGUUAGUCCUAAUUAAAAUAGCAUUUUCUCUCAGAAA